AAACACAUUGUCUCUCUUUGCUUACCAAUAGACAACCUUAAAGCCACUUUUCGUCAACAAGACACACAAAAACCCUAAACAAAAAAUCACUUAUCAAACUUAUUAGUGUCUAAUGGCACUCGUUAAUGACCAUCCCAACGAGACCAAUUACUUGUCAAAACAAAAUUCCUCCUCUUCCGAAGAUCUCUCCUCGCCGGGACUGGAUCAGCCAGAUGCAGCUUAUGCCGGUGGAGGAGGAGGAGGAGGCUCGGCUUCGAGCAGUAGCACGAUGAAUUCAGAUCAUCAACAACAUCAGGGGUUUGUAUUUUACCCAUCCGGUGAAGAUCAUCACAACUCUUUGAUGGAUUUCAACGGAUCAUCAUUUCUUAACUUUGAUCAUCACGAGAGCUUUCCUCCUCCAGCCAUAAGCUGUGGUGGUAGUAGCGGUGGGGGCGGCUUCUCCUUCUUGGAGGGCAACAACAUGAGCUACGGCUUCACAAACUGGAAUCAUCAACAUCAUAUGGAUAUUAUUAGCCCUAGAUCCACCGAAACUCCCCAAGGCCAGAAAGACUGGUUAUAUUCUGAUUCAACUGUUGUAACCACUGGUUCUAGAAACGAGUCUCUUUCGCCUAAAUCCGCUGGAAACAAACGUUCUCACACGGGAGAGAGCACUCAACCGUCGAAGAAACUGAGUAGCGGUGUGACCGGAAAGACCAAGCCUAAGCCAACAACUUCACCUAAAGAUCCACAAAGCCUAGCAGCCAAGAAUCGAAGAGAAAGGAUAAGUGAACGUCUCAAGAUAUUGCAAGAACUUGUUCCCAAUGGCACCAAGGUUGAUUUGGUGACAAUGCUUGAAAAGGCUAUUAGUUAUGUCAAGUUCCUUCAAGUACAAGUUAAGGUAUUAGCGACCGAUGAGUUUUGGCCGGCUCAAGGAGGAAAAGCUCCUGACAUUUCUCAAGUUAAAGACGCCAUUGAUGCCAUUCUCUCCUCAUCACAACGAGACAGGAAUUCGAAUCUGAUCACCAAUUAAUGAAGGGUUUUAUCAUUAAUAAAUCAGUUUAUCAAACAUUAAUUACGUACGUUGUAAUAAUAUCGGGGGAAACAAUGAUUCUCUCGAUUAUAAAUCCCACGUAAAUUUUGAAAUAUGAUCCAAAGAGAAGACAAUCGAGAUUAUGUAACGUUAGAUUAUGUGAAAAUCGAGAAGUUCUUAAUGCAUCUAUAACGAAGAGAAGACAAGAGACAUUGAAUUCACCGAUGAUCAGUCUGAUAUGGGUCCACACGGGGAUGGAAUCUUUAACUAGUAAAUAAGUGUUAAAAACAUAAAUAUGUUUUUCAAUUUCUUUUUCUGUUUUAAUUGUAUUUUGUGUGUUUUAGUCUACGGAAUACAGAUCUUUUAUUUAAACUCCAAGAAAUGAGUAAUAAAAUUCUUCACUUUUGUUUUUUCCUU